AUGGAUAAGUUCUUGGCACAGGAGCCUCUAAUUGUGCAGUCUUCUUUAUCACAGCUGCGGUACUUGGUACUAUCGGAGGGUGUACCAACGGAUAGAGAAAGGCGUAAAAGGUGCUAUGUCUGGUCCAUAUUAUCUCGUACGAGCAUGGAAGGUGCUACAAGUAGGUAUGUAGAGCUAGUUAAGAAGGGUGAACCGGCUGGUGCUAUAUUCAAGAAGAUCCAGAAUGAUACGUUUCGGACGUUUUCAACAGAUACUGUAUUUAGAGAGGUUGUAUCAGAGCAUGCUCUGAGUAGGUGUCUGUGCUGCUUUGCAUGGGAGCAGCAGAGACGCCGUAACGGCGGUGGUACAGGUGUUAGAGUUGCUCCUUAUGUUCAGGGUAUGAAUGUUCUUCUUGCACCGCUGCUGUAUAGUUGCCCUUCCGAGGCGAUGGCUUUCCGCUUGUUCGAAACCGUUUGUCAUAAAGUAAUCCCCACGUACUUGGACAACUCGCUCAGUGGUGUUCACACUGGUGCUAGGCUUUUGGAUGUGUGUUUGAGGGUUGUGGAUCCUAAGUUGGGCAGUUUCCUUGCAGAUAACCUUUUAACUGCAGAGAUCUACGGGGUGCCGGCGAUCCUUACUCUAUCGAGUUGCCAAAAGCCACUUGAUGAGGUAUGCAAAUUGUGGGACUUUAUGUUUGCGUACGGCUUUCACAUGAAUAUCCUUUUUAUUGUAGCGCAACUGGUUACGCUGCGUAGUCGGAUAAUGCAAUCAGACUCUCCGAUGAAUCUGCUAAGACAGAUGCCGGAGUUCGAUGCGGAUGAGAUUAUAAGACUAGGAGUUGGCUUUGUAGCCAAAAUCCCGCAGGGAUUGUACGAUUUAUUAGUUAGACAUUUGACAGAUCCCGAUAUAGAUGUAUCGAGCUACACGGGCCAGGACUAG